AUGGAGGAAGUUGAAAACAAACCAACCUCCUCAUCCGAAUCCUCCACGAGAAAUGCCGAACAAAAUCCACAAGCCGAAACCUCUCAAGAUGAAUAUCUUCUCACAGAUAAUUCAACUUCAACCUCACAAGAAACGGAACAAAUCCACCAAGGAGCUAUAGCUGCAGAUUCCAAACCCGAAGCUUUAGAAGAUAUCAAUAACAGACAACGGGACGGUGGUUCAACUGCUACUGCUAGCAGCGACGUUGAUAAUCUUAGUACGGAGCUCUCGACAUCCUCUAUAACAAAAGAGUUGCCGAUUGAACCUAUAGAUUCAUCUCGAGACGGAGUUAUCGAUGCCUCACAAGAAAACUUAGUUUCAACUUCAAAUUUUGAAGUUCAUGUAACAGAAGAAAGUCACCAAGAACCUAUAGUUGCAGAUUCUGAAUCAGGAUCUUUAGAAGAUAUAGUCAACAUGGAGAUGGAGGGUGAUUCUACUGUCAUCGUCGCUGAUAAUCCGGUUGAAUAUGGAUCGGGAUCUUUAGAAGAUUUAGUGAACAUGGAGAAAGACGGUGAUUCUACUGUCAGUGUUGAUAAUCAGAUUGAACCAUUGACUUCGUCGUCUGAAAAAAUAGAGUUGCAGAAUGAUAGCAAAGAACUAAAUGUAAAUCUGGAUGAAAUCAAGGUUUCUGACGAUGCUAUUGGAGGAGUUGGCUCACCAACAAAUGAGAAGAAAAUUGAGGAAAAAAGAGGCAUAGUUGAUACAGCAGCCCCAUUUGAAUCUGUUAAAGAAGCUGUUUCUAAGUUCGGAGGAAUUGUCGAUUGGAAGGCUCAUAGAAUGGUUACUGUCGAGAGGCGCAAGCAAGUAGAACAAGAGCUUGAAAAAGCAUACGACGAGAUUCCGGAGUACAGGAAAAUAUCGGAGACUGCGGAACAAGAAAAAGUUGAAGCACUUCAGGAGCUUGACAGCACAAAAAGACUAAUAGAAGAACUAAAACUGAACCUAGAGAGAGCACAGACUGAAGAGCGUCAAGCAAGACAAGAUUCGGAACUCGCAAAGCUUAGAGUGGAAGAGAUGGAGCAAGGUAUUGCUGAAGAUUCCAGUGUGGCAGCCAAGGCGCAGCUUGAGGUCGCGAAAGCCAGGUAUACGGCUGCCAUUAGCGAGUUUACGAUGGUGAAACACGAGCUUGACGCGUUGCGUGUGGAAUAUGCUUCCUUAGUUGAUGAAAAAGGUGAAGCUAUUAACCGAGCCGAAGAUGCUGUUGCUGCGUCAAAGCAAGUAGAAAAGACUUUAGAAGAUUUGACGAUCGAGCUGAUUGCCACAAAAGAGUCUUUGGAAACCGCACAUUCUGCGCACAUGGAAGCUGAAGAACACAUAAUAGGAACAGUCAUGGCAAGAGAUCAAGAUUUACUCAAUUGGGAGAAGGAACUUAAACAAGAAGAACACGAAUUAGAAAAACUCAACCAGAAAAUUUUGUCGGCUGAGGAUCUUAAAUCUAAACUGAGUAAAGCUUCUACAUUGCUUCUCGAUUUGAAAGCGGAACUAAAUGCCUAUAUGGAAAAGUCAAGCCAAGAAAGCGAUGAAGGAGUCUUGAAAGCGGAACUGGAUAAAAAAUCACACAACGAAAUACAAGAAGCAAUUGCAUCAGCGAAAAAGGAACUCGAGGAAGUAAAGCUUAACAUAGAGAAAGCUACUUCUGAGGUAAAUUACUUAAAGGUGGCUGUAACAUCAUUAAGAUCAGAACUCGAACAAGAGAAAUUGUCGCUCGCGUUGAUUAGGCAAAGAGAAGGAAUGGCUUCCGUUACUGUCGCGUCUAUUGAAGCCGAGCUGAACAAGACCAAAACAGAAAUUGGUUUCAUUCAUAUGAAGGAAAAAGAAGGCAGAGAGACAGUCCUUGAAAUGCCGAAGAAACUAAAAGAAGCGGCUGAAGAGGCAAAUAAGGCCAACUUGCUUGCUAAUGAAGCUCGCGAAGGGCUUCGGAGAGUAAUGGAGGAAGCAGAACAAGCCAAGGCGAGCGCUAGUACAAUGUUUAGUAGAUUACUCGCAGCUCAAAAGGAGAUAGAAGCUGCAAGAGCUUCCGAACGGUUGGCGAUGAAAGCAAUUAAAACAUUGCAAGAGAGCGAAUUGGCUAGAAGCAACAAAAGAAAUGAAGUGGAUUCAUCGAAAGGUGUGGAACUAUCGGUCGAAGAGUACUAUAAUCUUACCAAACAAGCUCAUGAAGCAGAAGAGGAAGCUAAUGUGAGAGUUGCAAGCGCGAAUUCCGAGAUUGAUAUAGCUAAGGAGGCUGAAUCGAAAACCUUGGAGAAGUUGAAUGAAGUGAACAAAGAAAUGGCUGCUAGAAAAGAAUCUUUGAAGAUUGCAAUGGAUAAAGCUGAGAAGGCAAGGGAAGGAAAGUUAGGUGCAGAACAAGAAUUAAGAAAAUGGAGAGCCGAACACGGGCAACAAAGAAAAGCCGGCGAAACAGGCCAAAAAGUGGUAAACCAGAACACAAGCCAUAGUGGUAAACUCGAACAAAAUAAUAAGGGAACUAUUCCUCCUGGACAUCACUUUUCAACUCAAAAGUCUUAUGUUCAUGCGAACAACGAAAAUGGAUCAUCGCCGGAUGCGAAAAACGGAAAGAAGAAGAAAAAGUCGUUUUUUCCGCGGGUUUUUAUGUUCUUUGCAAGAAGAAAAUCACAUUCAACUCAUUAA